AUGUCUGCAACAACAACAAAGAAGCCAGAGCGAAUCAUUCGCACGGUUGUGCCAGGAAAUCGAACGCUUGAAGAAAUUUACGAGGAAGAAGCUCGUGAAAUUGUUGACGAAGCCAUAGAAAAUGCUCGUCGGCGCUUUUCAGUUUAUGCUGGUGGCUCUUCAGCAAGAGACGGGGAAGCUCCUGAAGGAAAAGAUGAUGAACCAACAAUAGACCCUGAAACUGGAUACGAGAUACCCAAUAUUAAAUGGAUGACUGCGGAUAACUUUACCGUUGCAGGGGGUUUAGAAAAGAUUGAAGAAUUUAUUGAGGUAUUAAGGGAAAGUUCAUUUAAUAUGACAAGGGGGGGAUGAAGAUAUUGAGGGGGGCUCCGAAAAUUUUUAGACACCCGAAGGGGGGGCUCUGAAAAAAUUGUUGCGCUAGGAGGGGGGGCCCCGAAAAUUUGUAUACUUCAAAACCAACACAUGACAUCAUCAUACAGAUCGGAUGGUUUUCAACUCAACAAUUUAAUGACCUGUGCAACUCAGCUAUAUCAUGUGGUUUACAGAUAUAACAAAUGUAGUCUCAGUAAUUAUUACACUCUUGUUCAUCCCAAAAAUGCUUUAGAAAAUUGUAUCACAACUGUAUCUCAAGUUUGUCAUAGUAUAAACCAUUGAAGACAAUAACGGUAAAUAUAUUUAAUACAGUCUAGCGAUCUUUUUUCAGGGGAGCAAAGGAAUUGAAGGAGGAGGGGGGGGCUCUGAAAUUUUUUCAACUACCAAGGAGGGGGCUCCUAAAAAAUUGAACCGCUAGCGAGGGGGGCUACUAAAAUUUCAAGGUUCGAGUUUCAAUAUCUUCAUCCCCCCCUUGUCAUAUUAAAUGAACUUUCCCUAAAGUACGCUUAUAAAGCUCAGCUGUUUUAUACAGGUAGUUAGUUAGCACUAGCUACUAAAUCAGGAAGUUGGUUUUUCCUUAUCUUCUUCCCAUUUAUCUGGUGGGAUAGGUUUCGCCCCCAAUGAAGUUUCCAUUGCUGUUCUCCAAAGAAACUGCCAGUAAAAGAAUGACAGAAAUACAGGCUACAGAGCUUCAUUAACUUAGAACUACUGAACCUUCACUGUUGGCUAAAAGCCAAUAAGCUUAGUCUUAAUGUUGCGAAAACCGAGUUUAUGGUUAUUGGCUCUCGCCAGAAGCUUCUCGCGGAAAGCCAUAACGAAAUAAACAUCAAACUAGAAGACCAAGUUAUCAGCAAUGUUGAUCACGCAAAAUCAUUAGGUCUCAUUAUUGACAAUCGGCUUUCCUGGUCUAAUCAUGUUAACGAAUUGUGUAAGAAGGUAACUUCGGCUAUAGGUGCCGUUAGACGUAUUAGGCCCCUUAUCUCCCAAUCUACUGCGGUACUAGUCUAUAACUCCUUAAUUCAACCUCACUUUGAUUACUGUAGCCUUGUUUGGGAUGGCUUAAGUGAUCAACUGAGUGACAAAUUACAAAAGUUACAGAACCGUGCAGCUAGAGUAAUUUUAAAGGCCAACUAUGGGACUAGCUCGAGCCUGCUUCUUGAUAUACUCAAAUGGGACAAAUUAGUUAUAAGGAGAAAGAAGCAUAAAGCAAUAAUGAUGUUUAAAUCUCUAAAUGAACAAGCUCCAGUGUACUUGCAGAACCUAUUUCACGAACGAAGCACAGACUAUGAUUUGCGCAAUUCCUUUCAUAAAUUGACGUUGCCCAGGCCGCGUACUAACUACUUGAAACGAAGUUUCAGUUACAGCGGUGCUUUGUUGUGGAACUCUUUACCCGAAAAUGUGAGAGAAACUAAAUCAGUCAGGAAAUUUAAAGAGCAAAUCAAACAUGUAUUUGAGUCGUCGGACUCUCACUCGGCAGUCUUGUAAAACAGUAUGUCGAUAGUUUUUAGUCUAAUUAAUUGUGAUUAGAUUUUUACUCUAUUAUUACUGAAGAUUUUACCGAGUUUUAAAUAAAAAAUCUACCUACCUACCUACCUAUUUCUACAUUGUACAAUACAUUACUAUUGAGAAUAUUAGGUGCUCUAUGAGUCAGUGGGGCUGAGAAAGCUGAAGCUUAUUCUGGUUUGUGUCUACAGAGAAAGAAAAGGCUUGAAUGUGGGCCUACAGAUCCUCAUUUUGUCAAUGUUCAUUUCGCUUGGCAAUAAAAACAAUGAUUCAACAUGAUAUUAACAUUAUCAGUGAACAAUAUCUUGCAGACAUGGGAGCGUGACGGCAGCUGGCUUUACUGCAUUGACUUUUUAAGAGAGGAAGAACAUCCCUACAGUUGGCGAUACCGCUAUGCUGUUAAGUGGAGUAUACCAACCAGAAGAAAGCCAAUCCCAAGAGCAACUGCUUCGGUGUACAUUACCAUUGAAGUUAGCAAAUUUAAGCCAAAGGUAUAGUAACUACUAUGGACUUAUUAACUGAGUGGGAUGGUUGGAUGGGAAAAUAUUUGGUUUGUAGCCAGGACGCACGGACCUUGCACAGUCAAGAAGCAUUUUAGCAUAUGACCAUUGUGCUUUUGAAUUUUUCUGACGGAGUGAACCUGUAUCAAUCAGGCCCUAUCACUUGAUACAUAUGGUCCUCAUACCAGACUUUAUUCAUAUGGUGUUCCAAUGAAAUUGCACGCAGGGCCAUAUAGGGGGCCCCGGGGUGGGGGGGGGGGAGGGCUGCUGCCAUAUAUGGGCUAUAUAGGUAUGUGCCUCUGUGAAGUGUAUGGUUUUACAAGCAAUUUACUCUGGCAUAGGGUAUAUAAAUCAGAGAGUUUGGGUCUAGAAGAGGUUAUCAUUUUCCAUUUAAACUGAUCAACUGGCUGAAGGUUUUAGUCUAGACUAGGGAAACCAGGAAUUGCCACUCAAGAAUAUAAAAAAAUCAAAUCGGUUUUGUUUUGGCUGGACUGUGCAAGUGGCCUCAGUUGUUUCUGGAAAACAGCUACUCUAGGAUAGGGGUGGGAUUUGGGGAGUUUAGUCUAGUAUAGGGUAGCAAAAUUCACUUGAACUAGCUCUGGUAUAGGCUAAGGGUUCAAGGUUUCCUUCUCCUGACUAUCAAAAUAAAUGUAAUAAACCAGCCACUUUUAUUAUUUUGAUCAAGUUUGAAUCUGUUUGAUUUUAGACUUUUCCUGUUGAAGUGUACUAUAUUUUUGAGACACAUCAUUUGGUUCACCGGUAUGUUGCCUUUUCUAUGUCUGUUUUCAUUUCUUUCUUUUUUUUCUUGUGCGUGGAGUAGUAACUGGGAAAAAAUUGCUUUUAAGACUGGUUGGUAUAAGAGUCAAGUAUCUGAUGGCAAGACUCAUGCCAGGAGAUUGUCCAAAGUUGCCCGUGCAUCACCCCCAGUUGAUGAAUUUAAGGGCAAGGGAAUAGAGAGAAGAAGCUUGACGUCUUGUUAUAACCAAAAUUGCUGCAUCACAACAAUUGUGAGCUUAAGCAAUAACGAUGGCAAUGGCAACAAGCAUGGCAAAAAAGCAAAAUGUUUAUAUUAGCAAAAUGACAAUCAAACAACAAGCAGCCUUUUUUUAAAUUUCUUAACCGUCAUUGCACGAAUGUGACAUGAAACUUCCUCAUUUCAUGCUCCCACUUUAUGGAGUAGGUGAACACAACAAAAAAAUUUCCUUUUUCUUAUUCUAAACUUAGAUAUGGUCCUUUUGAAUUCAAACACAGAAAAUUUUGCCAACAUUUUAAAGGAGUCAGAUCAAGAAGUUUGAAACAGUUUAAGUGAUGUUUUUUUUGGUAUGUUGUCAUCCAGACAUUUUGCUACUAUGGCAACAUGAAGUAACAACUUCUCUUCUAUGUUUCCGUCUGCUUUAAAAAAAACUAUAACUCUGAAAGUCAAAAGCCAACUAACAUGUGUCUCCAUGGCACAUGUACAUUGAUGAUUAAUAUGGUAAUGAAGAGUACAUGGAAAUAGAUCAUACAUUAAUUAUUAUAAAAACUCUGAUGUAUAAAACACAAAAUUCUCUACUUGAUUCACAACUAUAUACGAGGCAAAAUGGAAGGAGAAUAUCGAGUGACAUGUAUCACCAGUACCAUGGGCUCUAUUCCAAGAACCCUAUCAAAUUAUGAGCGAAAGUUUUCUUAGAUGAUGCUCAUCAUGUAAUAGCUCUUUAUCAUUAUUCUAAUGGACUAAUGGACAUGAAAAGGUUUAUGAAUAACUAGUGUGACAACAAUGUAUACAAGUUAGGAGUUUUUAAUACAGCACUAAGAAAAAGAUCCUCAACAUGAAUUUAUUAAAGGUAAACAUUUGCAUAUAUACUUUUUCGGAAUUUCCAGUUUAAGUCAUCAUUUUCUCUUUAAAAUACUUGAAUUUUAUUUUAUCUCAGAAAAAAUAUUACUUUUCCUGGAAAAUGCCGCUAAUUAUAAGAUGAUCAAAUAAUGAUAAAAUGCCACUAAUUAUAAGAUGAUCAAAUACAGUAUAAACCUGCAUACAAGAACAUGUGUAUUAAGAACACCCAGGCUAAAAUUUGGUAAAAAAGGAGCAUAUAUAUAAGAACACAUUCAGCCUGAAAAUUGAAAAUUGUUUCUUAUAUAUAAAAACUUUUCCCUUUUCAGUUUAAUAGAACAGUGUCUGUAGUUUUACUGUGGUAUGGCACUAAGAUCUCUGUAUAAAUGCUAGUAAUUUCACUUGCUGUGUGUAGCAAAUGUACUUGUAACAACUUACAUUUUUUUAGAAGUAAAAAAUUAAGAACACUUGAGAACACUUUCAGGCUGAUUUCACCUAAAAUACCCGAUAUAUAAGAACCCAAUCAGCCUGAACCCCGAAAAUGGGUGUUCUCAUGUAUGCGGGUUUUUACUGUAAUGCUUAAUGCUUUUUCCUCCCUAAAAUACUUGAAAAAAGGAAAAAAAAGCCUAUAUUUGGGCAGGCAUGGACUGCUUAGUUCUAUGUCGUAUGAUAACCCAGUUAAGGUGCCAGUUGUCCUACAAAUAUAAGGAUGACGGACUUGUGGUUUCUGUUGUUACUUUACAGGGGCGGAUCCAGGAUUUUUUUAGGAGGGGGUGCACUCGUCUCUUGCUCUACUUCAACACCAAUAAACCUCAUCAUUUUUUGCAGAAUACCAGUUGUAUUAGAAAACCACAGGUUAUCUCGGGGGUGCGCACCCCCUGCACCCUCCCCCUAGAUCCACCCCUGCUUUAAUUCGUAGGGAAUAGCGGAGACCUAUACUGAUUAAGUUCUCCUUUACUUUUUAGACCAGGAAAGACCAGGUUCCGAGAGAAGUGGUUAAAGGAUAUCAUUGAGAGUAAAAUCCGACUGAUGGAUAUGGUUAAAUUCUAAUCACAAAAGGAAUAUUUCACAAGACUUCUGGAUAUUCUCGAUAACUAACAAAAAUAUGGAGAAAUAUUGAAACGGUUCUUUCAAAGUUCUGCACAGUGCCUGCCAAGGAAAUGGGCAUUGAAUAUGUUUACUGAUAAAAUAAACGAUGUCCCCCAGAGAAGUUACUCAGCGUGAGCAAACCUCGUCACCAACAGACACACUAAAGCAACAAUAAAUAGUUUUGCGAUAUGACACCAUUUCAUAAACUUUGUUUAGUUGGACAAAUGGCAUGAUCAAAAGAUGACAUUGCAUUUUAAGUUCAGGCAAGAGGCGUACAUCAAUUACCCUGAUUUAUAUUUGGCAGCGUUACUAAGAAUGUCCUCAACAGAAACAAAAUCUUCUCUUUUUCUCUUAUUUUUUGAACUGCUUGUUGAAAAUUUCAAGGUAUAUUUUUUGCAUUAAUAAUAUCAUUGUUUGACAAUAGUGUACGUAAGCUUUUGAACAAGCCAUUCCCUUUCUGAAUUAACUGUUAGUAUUUUUUAUAGUUAGUGGUACUACUGUAAAUAUAAUUAACAUCACAGUAUAAAAUAAAAGUAAGAAAAGC